UGCGCCCCCUACCGGCGCGUUCCUCGGCAUGCUCGAUCCGUCGCUGAUGCAGCAGCUCUACCGCGACGGCGUCUUCGUCAGGGAGCAGCAGUAUGACUUCCAGGCGUUGUGUAAGGUGGAGGAGGACCUGACGAGCGCCGGCGUCGCGUCCGCUUACAUUCCAAGUUUGAGUAUGGCAGCCAGUCGUCUCCAGUGGGUAGCACAGCAAGCUGCAAGGUCGUACGUGGGCCUCAACCUGUACAGUGCUGCCACUGGGUGGCUGAAGUCGGCGCGAGCUGAGAAUCUGGACCCAGAGUCGGAAGUGACGGAAGAGAAUUGUAUCAAGAUGGCCGUGCAGUACCGCUACGGACCCAACAGCACGGCCGCCAGCGGCACGUUCAAUUGUUCUACCGACGACUGCCCCAGGUCAUACCACUCCGGACGUAUCGUGGAGACAAACUUGCUGCUGGUGGUGGUCGAGCCGCCACCCAUCAACUGCACCUGUGACGUCGCGCCGAUAUCAGUGGAGCCAGAACGAGUGCCGGGACCUAAUGUGUGCGAGGCACAGCCACGCUAUCGAAGGAGGCCAGCCAACUGCUACAGUCAGAGCCAAAAGGAGGACGUGUCACCGUGUGCCGGCGUCGCGCUCCAGCCUCCGUCGCUGCUGCUGCUGCUGCUGCUGCUGCUGCCACUCACGGUGUGUGCCACGAUGGGGGCGGGCUCCACGCACGACAUAUCAUCACACUAAUGAAACUAGUCUGUAGGAAAGAACGAGAUGUGUAGUCUCUAGGGAAGAGUGGUGUGGGCACGAGUGUGUGCGUGCAUGCCUAUGCAUGUGAGAUGAUAUAUGAGGAAUAA